AUGGACAUGAUGCUGUUGGUGCAGGGUGCUUGUUGCUCGAACCAGUGGCUGGCGGCGGUGCUUCUCAGCCUGUGCUGCCUGCUACCCUCCUGCCUCCCGGCUGGACAGAGCGUGGACUUCCCCUGGGCGGCCGUGGACAACAUGAUGGUCAGAAAAGGGGACACGGCGGUGCUUAGGUGUUAUUUGGAAGAUGGAGCUUCAAAGGGUGCCUGGCUGAACCGGUCGAGUAUUAUUUUUGCGGGAGGUGAUAAGUGGUCAGUGGAUCCUCGAGUUUCAAUUUCAACUUUGAAUAAAAGGGACUACAGCCUCCAGAUACAGAAUGUAGAUGUGACAGAUGAUGGCCCAUACACGUGUUCUGUCCAGACUCAACAUACACCGAGAACAAUGCAGGUGCAUCUAACUGUGCAAGUCCCUCCCACAUUGGUAAAUAUCUCUUCAGACUAUAUUAUGGCAGAGGGCAGAAGAGUUAACGUACACUGCUUGAGCCUAGGAGUUCCAGAUGAAUACUAUACCUGGCGGCAUUAUAACCCUUCCUCAAAACCAUUUGAAAAUGGACAAUAUUUGGAUAUUUAUGGAAUUACAAGGGACCAGGCUGGGGAAUAUGAAUGCAGUGCAGAAAAUGAUGUGUCAUUCCCAGAUGUGAAAAAAGUAAAAAUUGUCGUAAACUUUGCUCCUACGAUUCAGGAAAUUAAAUCUGGCACCGUGACCCCCGGACGCAGUGGAUUGAUAAGAUGUGAAGGUGCAGGUGUGCCGCCUCCGGCCUUUGAAUGGUACAAAGGAGAGAAGAAGCUCUUCAAUGGCCAACAAGGAAUUAUUAUUCAAAAUUUUAGCACAAGAUCCAUUCUCACUGUUACCAAUGUGACACAGGAGCACUUCGGCAACUAUACUUGUGUGGCUGCCAACAAGCUAGGCACGACCAAUGCGAGCCUGCCUCUUAACCCUCCAAGUACAGCCCAGUAUGGAAUUACCGGGAGCGCUGAUGUUCUUUUCUCCUGCUGGUACCUUGUGUUGACACUGUCCUCUUUCACCAGCAUAUUCUACCUGAAGAAUGCCAUUCUACAAUAA